ACACUCCUGCCACUGCUGCUAAUCACCGGUGGGAUGGAGUGGGGGGGGGGGGGGUGGUUGGCCGUGUGGACGUCUUCUAUCGAUUCCUCUUUCUGUUGUUUUUUCUGGUACUGGGCAUCUGUUAGUGGGACAAUGAUCAAGGGCUCUUGAUGGGACUGGCUGGCGUGCGAAGGGAAGAAGAAGAGGCAGCGGGGGCUUCAACUGACAGAGGGGGAUCUGUUUGUGUUGCAGGCGCUCCCUGCUGAGGAACGCACCAUAUAGAUUCAUAUAUAUUCCCAGGAGACGGAUCACCAGCAGCCACUGCCAUGCCUGGGUCAGCAGAGCCCCAUCACCAUUAGUUCCUACUGCCACCCCAUCGCCUGGGCCCUCGGACGCCCUGAUGACUCCAGGCCGACUGGCUCACAACCACCCUGACGACAUCCCGGACACGUCCACACGCUGCCAACCUGGGACAGCCCGGGCUCGCCCCCGCCCUUGAUGAAUGGAUCCCGACGGGACUGGGGGCAAAGGAAUGAGGAGGAACAUGUUCCCCUGGUGGAUCUUACUGCUCUCCUGCCAAGGAUUUGUAUUCCGCCACGUCCAAGGGGAACUUCCGUUCAUGGCGGGGAAUAAUGCCGCCAUGCUGGUCAACUGGAAUGCUGUUGACGGAAACAAGAAGUUGUUUGCCAUCUAUGACACGAGCGUCAAUGAGCCGGGCAACAUGUCUUUCGUGAAGGAGACAGUGGACAAGCUACUGAAGGGUUAUGACAUCCGACUGAGGCCGGACUUUGGAGGGGCCCCUGUCGCAGUCGGGAUGAGCAUAGACGUGGCGAGCAUAGACAUGGUGUCAGAAGUCAACAUGGACUACACGUUGACCAUGUAUUUCCAGCAGUACUGGAGGGACAAGCGUCUGGCCUACGUAGGGAUCCCCCUCAACCUGACCCUGGACAACCGGGUGGCCGACCAGCUCUGGGUCCCCGACACCUACUUCCUCAACGACAAGAAGUCGUUCGUCCACGGGGUCACCGUGAAAAACCGCAUGAUCCGCCUGCAUCCUGACGGAACGGUUCUGUACGGCCUCAGGAUAACGACGACGGCGGCGUGUAUGAUGGAUCUCAGGAGGUAUCCCCUGGACGAGCAGAAUUGCACUCUGGAGAUCGAGAGCUAUGGCUACACCACGGACGACAUUGAGUUCUACUGGAAAGGCGGCGAGUCGGCUGUAACGGGGGUGACGCGAAUCGAGCUGCCUCAGUUCUCCAUCGUCGAUUACAAGCUGGUGUCCAGAAACGUUGUCUUUUCCACAGGUGCCUACCCGCGACUGUCGCUGAGCUUCAAGCUGAAGAGGAACAUCGGCUACUUCAUCCUGCAGACGUACAUGCCAUCGAUCCUGAUAACCAUCCUCUCCUGGGUCUCCUUCUGGAUAAACUAUGAUGCGUCGGCGGCCCGAGUGGCUCUAGGCAUCACCACGGUGCUCACCAUGACGACCAUCAACACCCACCUGAGGGAGACGCUGCCCAAGAUCCCCUACGUCAAGGCCAUCGACAUGUACCUGAUGGGCUGCUUCGUCAUGGUCUUCCUCGCCCUGCUGGAGUACGCCUUCGUCAACUACAUCUUCUUCGGCCGGGGCCCUCAGAUGCAGAAGAAGCUGGCGGAGAAGGCGGAGAAGGCCAACAACGAGCGGGCGGCCAAGUACGACGCCGCACGGGAGGCAGGUAGUCGGACCGCGUCCCUAAAACGCUCCAAUCAGGUUAAAGGUCUUCGCCACUCACGCUCGGCGGAGCCACACGGCCACGGGAACAUCCUGCUGACCACCCUGGAGAUCCACAACGAGGUGGCGGGAGGCGAGAUCACCACCAGCUUGGCGGACAUUAGGAACUCUCAGUCCAUGGUGCAGUUGGACAGCACGGCCUCGUCGCACAUCCAGUACCGCAAGCAGAGCGGCGGCGGCGGCCCGCGCUCCACCGGCCGCCAGUCCCUGGACCGGUCGGCGCAGAUGAAGCGCAGCCGCCUGCGGAGGCGGUCCUCGCAGCUCAAAAUCAAAAUCCCCGACCUGACGGAUGUGAACGCCAUCGACCGCUGGUCACGGAUCAUCUUCCCCUCCGUCUUCUCACUGUUCAACCUCGUGUACUGGCUCUACUACGUCUGAUUGGACUGUCGUGUUGAGGUGUUUGGUGUCGUUUCAUUUGAUUUUCAUUUUGGUUUUCGUUCAAGUUUCUUCCUUUUUCUGUUGCUUUUAUACACGAUGGAAUAUGUCUGACAAAACAAAAAAGACUGAGAAGGACUUCGGAGUUUGGACCAAGUUCUCGUCAAAGUUGUUUUUUUAUAUUUGAAGUCCUUGAAUCCUUAGUGUUGAGCUCUUUUUAUUUUCUGAAGUUUGUACUGUAACUGGGACUUGUGACGGUCAUUUCCCAACAUUUUCCCUCUGUAAUGUGUAAAUAGACAGAAACAAAGCCAGCAAUUGAAUAAGUGAUACAGUAUUUGCAAAAAAAAACAAGCACAAACAAACAUGGAAGCAGUUGAUGCAAAGAUUUUUCUAAUCAAAAAAAAGAAACUUUAUACAACGCAGGUGGUCAGAUAAUUACAGAUAAUUUCUAAAAAUCCAUUAGCCAAACUAAUGCUCGUAUGUUUGACUGGUAUCCUAUGCACUAUUAACGCAUGUAAUGAUCAGCCAUAGUGGGAAAAUAAUCAACUACAACUCAACUUUACAGGAGAAGAGACUCCGGUGAUGUGUGUUUGUUUAUAGCGUCGAUGAUUUACAGUGAAAUAUCGUUGAUCUGGAAAACCUGUACUCAAACCUUAGAGUUGAGGACGUUUCCCCUCGGUUCAGGACGACUGUGACUCAGGUGCCAUUUGUUUUUUCAUUCUUUGCUAUUUGGCAUCUUUUCCUCGACAAAAGAAAAGUGUCACUCAAAUAUACUUUUAGGGAAUUUUAAUACGGAGAUUUGAAGAAAGGAAAAAAAAAGCACAAAUGCAAAAAUAAAACUGCCAUAUUUUCAAACUUCUCGCAACAGUGAAGGCGACAGAAUUGCACUCAAAUUUCUCCAACUUCCUAAAACUUAGGAGCGAACAACUGCCAAGGGCCUUUGGGGCGACACAUUUACUCAACCCACGGAAUUCUAUGAUAUUUUUGUACUGUGUGUCUUCAGGUAUUCAUUUGAGUUCUUGUUUGCAACACUGACUCUGUUGUGGUGAUAGAGCGGAGGAACAAAACCCGUGUACAUAAGUACAUAGGUGUGUGUGUAUACACAUAAAUGUAUAUAUACUGUGUGUACAAACCCCAAAUGAAAACUAAUGAUCAAAUGGUGAGGACAGUGUGAUUGUCAGAAGAAGACAAAAGAGAUGGGGCUCCUUCUCAGACAUGUUCCUCUCCAGACACCGUGCGUAUGUUCACAUCACCCGCUGCAGACGGACCACGCUGACUUACACGCACGCGCUAGUGUUGAAUGUAUCGGAUCCAUUCUUCAGGGAGAGGAUAAUGAGCCAUGGUCGUCGUCAUUUCUCCAUCCGAAUGUAACGCGUCCGUCCGUGAGUAACGUAGGAAGCGAGAGCUGAAUGUGUGCAUGUGCAUGUGUGUCAGAGAGAGAGAGAGGUGGGGAAUGGAGGGAGGAAGAAGAAGGGCGUGGCCAGACCAUCUGUUUCCUGCGCCGCUCGCUCGACUCACGGACAAAUGUCAACGUAUCACCGUAUCGUGGAUAAAAGUAUCUCUCCCGUUUGACUCUGAACGAUAACCUGUGCCAUUCCACCCGAGGAGCAAUCAACCAGUGACUGACAACUCACGGACAGUGAUGUAAAUCUGACAAAUCUAUUCGUGCAUGUACGAGUCUACAUGAAGAGCAACACUGACGGUGUUGUGACGGAGGAGCAGAGUUGGGAUCAAUUUAACUUUGAAAUGACAAAUUGUAAAGUAUGUGUACAGUCUGACAUAUGACUAAGAACUGAAUGUAUUGUACUUAGGAUUGUUGCUGCAUUGCAAAUGCAAUUUACUUUCUGGAAAACAGGAUUGACCUCAACCCUGAUUAAUAUAGGGCUCCGGUUGAUUCCACAUGACUCUCGCCGGUUCCUGGUCCGGUUUUCUACCGUGUAGAUGGGGCGAAGUGCAAAGACGACCUGGGUCCAACAAAAAAUAGAGCUCAAGUUCUAAAUGUAAAAAAAAGAUAUAUAUAAUAAGCCAUAACUGGGAACCCCCCCCCCCCCCUCCCCCCGCCCAAGGAUCUAUAGUUAAACCAAGUGUAAAUCUGUUUUUUCAAUUUACAAAUCUGUGCACAUUUACAAUCCAUGCUCCUGUUUUGUAAGAUUGUAAAACCGGCACAGAUUUCCAUAUGUUCCCUUUUCUCAUUCCUCCACUGACCUUCGGGGUUCUCUUAGCAUUUUUUCUAAAGAUGCGUUCACCCACAACGUGGAGCGAAUCUUGAUGAUAUCCGUUUGAAAUCAACUUGUGGACCAAACUCAUGUUAGCUCUAAACUAGCAGGGAUGUGCACAUAUUUUAUAUUUAAUCUGUGUUCACCGUGUGCACAAGUGCGAGCGCUAAAAUUCUCUUCACACACACACGACGUCUUUGGCUUUGGUUUUGUGUGUGCGAGAAGAAAUGGUUAUUUUUUGCCAUCUCACGCCAUUUAGAGGUGGAACGCAAUGUUAAAGUCUGAUGUUUCAAGCUGCUUUGUGUAAUUUGUAGGUGAAAACUGCACCGACGAAAUGUCCAAACAUUGAAAUUGAGAUGAAGCUGCGCUGUCGUGUAAAUAAGAAAUGAAAAGACAGAUUGGUGGAAUUGCUCCGGCUUACUGGUUCACCUUGAUUACCUCCGGGUCCGAGGUGCAAUUGAAAACAAGUUCCUGCAUUUUUUAAAAUUUAUUGAAAGAGGAGGCCACCGUUACAAACUCUCGCUUCUUGUUUGUCAUGCAUGCAACUACAAUUCGUAACUUGGGAAGAUUUUAAAAAGAGAAAAACUCACUUAUGACGGCUGCCAACUGCUUGUUCCAGAGCUGACACGAUGCCAUGUGAGCCUACGUCAACUAAAAAGAUGAAAAAAGACUUCAGGUGUUGUAUGGCCUUGGUCCCAUAAUGGAAUGUGAAAUGUUCUGUGCUGCCACAAAAUGUAUCUAGGUCUAGAUUUAUACUGUAUAUCUCUGUAUGUUUCCCUUCAUUUUUCAAUAGAUUAUCAUGUUAAACCAUCAAAUAAAGGAUAUACAUUGUA